UGCAGUAUUAUUGUUCCCCCUGCAUGUGUCAAACGUGACGACGCGAGAUCAUUUUGUGGGGUAAAUGCUCUGUGCUUACACCUGUAUGAUUUUUCAGCAUGCACCUUACGCAAUCACUGGAGCUUUACCCCGACACCAGGGUGACGCAGGUGCUUUUUAAAGAUGUGAAAAACGCUGCAGAACUGAGGCAGAAAGCGGUGGAGGGAAAAAUCAACGGAGCUCUGAUCAACCCAACCAUGUUGGUGGAUCCUUUCCAAGUCCUUGUGGCAGCCAAUAAAGCUUUUCAUCUAUACUCCAUUGAAAACAUGAAGACAAGAAGUCUCAAUUCAGAAAUCAUCUUCAAUUUGUCACCCACUAAUAAGAUAUCAGAGGCUUUCAAAAGAUUUGGCAUCGCGGACAGAGACACCUCGGUCCUGGUGGUUGUGGUUCACAGUAAAGACGAGCCGCAGGCUGUGUCGAACAUCACUGCCAUGGUGGAUGGACAGCAGCUUCCAGUGGACCAGGUUUCCUCAUUGUCAGACUUGGAAAAAAUCAGAAAGCUAUACAAAGUCACGCCUCAGGAAGAAACCUGCGGCAGCCUGUUAGACGCUAUCGUAUGCAGGAUGGCCGUUAAGGAUGUCCUGUAGCCAAAGACGCUGCCGCACAAUCGAACAUCUUUCUGCUUUCAUUACAAAUGAGAAAAAAGAAGGAAUAGUUCGAUGUUUUCAAUACUCUGUGGAAUUAUGUUGAACACCUCCAAAGCUCCUGGGUUCAGGAAAGUCUGUGACGUUUUAGUCUGUUUAAAUCUGUUUUUAUUUAGUUACUGGAUUUCUUUUCUAUUAUUUUUAUGAUCUUGAAGCUGUUUUGGGGGAAAUUCAAAUAUAAAUAGAUUUUCUACGACAGCACGUCUUCAUUUGCUCCUUUUUACGUCUCAUUUCGAACAGAUUGAAAUCCGUUGGACAGUAGGAGGCAGUAAACUUAUCAGAUUUAUUUAGAUGCUUAAUUGGAUUUAUUUUGGAUCCAGAAAGAGAAAAAGAAACUACUAGGAAAAAAUGAGUUUGUACUGUGUGAAAGAGCUGAGAUAUCAGGAAAUAAACUUUUUGUCUUG